GCAAGAAGUUCUUUACAGACCUGCAGUCCAGGAGCACAUCCCCACCAUGAUCAACCCCAAACCCUGUGGUCAUCUCUGCUGUUGUAUCAUCAAGGGCUGUGAGCAGGAGGAGGCAGUGAGUUACUACACCAAGCUGGAGUCCAAGCUGAAGGAGGAGUACAGGAAGGAGAAAGAGAAGGUCAACAGUAAACCGCUGGGAAUGGCCUUCGUUACCUUCCAGAACGAAGCCAUGACUGCCAUUAUCCUGAAGGACUACAAUGCGUGUAAGUGUCAGGGCUGCCACUGUCGGAGGGAACCCAGGUCUUCGUCCUUCAGCCAGCACCUUCACACAUAUUCCUGGACGGUCGGCUACGCACCAGACCCACAGAACGUCUACUGGUGAGAGCACACAGAGGAUGG